UCGCUACAGUCGAGGGAAAAAAAAGUAAUCAAACGUCAAACCAAAGAAUCACUUUAUUCUAUACUACGUUUUAAUUAAAUAAAACUUAAUCAUUUAUUUUAUCAAACCCGAGCGGUUUACAUGUUGGAUUUAUAGUAAUUGCUCUGAAAUAUAGUAUGUACAGUUUUUUUUUGUGGACUUACAUAAAAAACCGCAAGUCGAGUGUUUAAGAAAUUUAUAAAAAAAAUGUCAACAAAAAUCCGUCAGCGUAAAAUAAAAAAAAUUUUGCGUGACGUAAAUUGACGAGUGUUUCGUAAAUGAAAGCCAAACAAUACUGUGUUGAAAAUUAAAAGGAAGUCAAGACGUCACAAUAAACGACAUCGAGUCAUAACACAAAUAAUAAAUUUCGAUCAAUUUGACGUUUGAAAAUCAGUUGGUUCUUUGAAUUUGAAGAGUUUGAUAGACUGGAGGUUAUGUUAUUUAUUAUGAAGUCAAUGAAUCAAUCAGUGGUGAUUAAUUGAUGAAUCGACGGCUGUUUAUACUCGAUAAUUUAUAUAUGUAAAUAUAUACUGAUAUAUUUAAGUUAUUUAACCAAAGUGACAUGUAGAUUGCGAAUGAAUUAAAAACCCAGCAAUGUAUGGAGGCGGGGAACAAACGGUUUCUGAAGGUUGGAGAAAACCAUUGGAUUUGGUGACUACUGUGGAUCCAAAUGUCAGUUCAACCAUGCUUGACAAUGAACAUUAUUGCAAGCUAGUUUUAUACAAAGAAAUUCAGGACUCAAGAGUAAGAAUAUGGGACGUAGUGAUAUUAGUACCCAAUCUACUACUAUUGUUGUUCAUAGCAAUACGAUUUAAUCGGGCCCGGCUUAAAUUAAGAGCAACUAGUAGCCCAAUAUUCUUAGCAUUCUAUGGGCUCGUUAUUUGUAAUGUAGUAAUAUCAGUGAUAAGAUGCGUGGUAUCCAUGACGGUUGAUGCUGCUACUAACGUUGGCGGGAAAGCUGAUAAAGUAUUAUGGGUUACAGUGAGAUUUUUCUUGUUGUCUACUGAAAUGAGUGUCGUAAUUUUUGGAUUAGCAUUCGGACAUCUUGAUAGCCGAUCGAGUAUAAGAAGAGUCCUAUUCGCUACAUCUCUCAUAGCUUUAACUUUUACAAUAACUCAAGGCACUCUGGAACUAGUUUUGCCAGAUGACACAUUCCAUAUUCCCAGUCGGGACUUUUAUGUAUUUGGUCAUGGUGGCAUGAUGUUUUGGUUUUGCAGUAGUCUUGUAUUCACUUUGAUAUAUUUUUUUAUCUUGAUACUUCCGUGGACAAGAUUACGAGACAGAUUAAACUUACCAACUCGUAAAAGUUUUUAUGUUUAUGUUGGAAUAUUGACAACUUUAAAUCUGGUACAAUCAAUAGGAGCAGGCUUAUUAAAUUACACACAAAAUCUUGUGGGAUUAUGUGUGGUUGACAUAACAGCUGUCGUGUAUCUCACGCUAUUUACUCCAUUGGUUUAUCAUACUUUCUUGUCUGAAUUUUUUGGAGUUUCACAACCAUCUAUAAUGUUUUCAUAUAAAGCUCAGGUAGAUGACGCAAUGGAAGAAGAUACAGUAUCACUACCUUAUCAGCAGAGUUUUUCAUCACUAAAAACCGACAGUGACUACAUCUAUCAGGUCCAUACUCCAUAUAAUCACUUACCCUUGUAUGAGCCGUUCACUGCUAAAUUAUCUUCCCUAAAACAAAGAACUUCCUUGUACUCUUUGUCUGCGAAAAAUAAUCAAAAAACUCUUGGUAAAAGUAGUUAUAGUUCCCAAAACGCACUAGACAAUACCCCUGAGAUGCAGAAUAGUAUAAAACAAUGUAAUGUUCAUUCAAGCACACCCAAUUUUUCCAGUUAUAUGCAAUCUAGCCCGAAAGUUUUUGUUGGCACCAGCACUCUUUACUUAGAUUUUGACAACCAAACCACAUUUACACCUCCUAAUAUUGAGUGUUGUGCCUCUAGUAGCGAAUCUAAUUUGACCCUAUCAUCCGGUACUGCUCCUGAUGUUAAUCAUAAACUCGAAAAUAAUGAUAGUGAUGUAAAUACGUCUACGAAAUGUUGUAAGGGUGGUGAGACCGAUAAUCGAUCUUUGAAUGUUUGACAGCAUUCAAUAUCGAUUAUCGAUGAGAAUUAAUUUACAAUUUUUAAAAUAACUACAGAAUUUCAAUUAGACAUUUAAAUUGCCAAUUACUCUGUCACGAUUAGAAAUCUGGACAAUACCUUGAAAGGUCUAGUCAUUUUAAUGGAGCUUUAAGCAUGGGGUUAUCAAAAAAAUUUAUCUUGGGCUUAUGGAUUUCAUUUUUUUAAUUGGAAACUAAAAUUUUAUGAAAAAAAAAAUAGAAUAUUAUACACUGAGGUAGGAAAGUAGACUCAGAGAAUUUUACGGUAUUUUUUACAUAAAAAAAUUAUAGAAAUAUUACUAUAGUAAUCGCAGCAUAAGAAUAGUAUGAAAUUAUGGUAAAAAUUACCGAUAACAUAGAAAUUUCUUAAAUACCUCCAAUCUGAUGAUGCCAAUCUGACUGUCACGUCAUCGUCACAAGACCGUCAACGACCGUUCAUAAAAUGACGAACCGUUACGACUGUGGUGACAUCUUACAAACACCUUUAUAACUUUUGUAUAAAUUAAAUUUUUGAAACCGCCAUUUUCUGAACCCUUUCCCGGUUUGGAGUCUUGAAGAGUCUCGGUGUGAGCUGUUCGGGGAUGAAACCAAUCACAGUGAUUAUUCAGGCUGUUGAGUAAUGGUUCAGUCGUACACGGAAAGAAAAUUCUACCAAAAUUUACGAUGUUAACAUCGUAAUCUCGGACUAGACUUUUAUUAACGUCAAUUUUUAAAUGUUUUAUUUCAAAAUUUAUUAUGUGGGUUAUAUUUUUUACUAUUUAACAUCGUAUUUUUAACAAAGACUUUUAGGAUUAAAAAUUACUGCAAAAAUUACAAUUUAACAUCGUAAAAAAAAAUAAAUAAAAAUUACACUAAAAACUAUAUUUAUUCGUACAUUUAAUAUUUCUAUUUACUUUUUAACAAAAUAAAUAUUACAGUGCUGCCUCUGUUAUAAUACGAUGGAAGCUAUAAAAAUUACGAUGUUACAUCGUACUUUUUAAAUAGUAACUGGGUCCUCCGCAAGUCGUUUAUAUGGAUCUUAAAAACAACAUAUAGUGUAGGCCCUUCAGUGGCCGAGUGGUCCAAGGCGUCGGACACUUCGCACUCGAAAGGACUCGGGUUCGAAUCCAACUGCCGAACGAUUAUUGUUUUAAUCUUUUAUUUAAAAUUUCUCUUCAAAUUUUACGAUGUUACAUCGUAAUUUAUAUUAAAGAGCUUAAGACUUUGUAUUGUUUGUCUGCAGUAUUAUUUCUUAAAUGAAAUUUCCAAGCCUACAUCGUAAAAAUUACGAUGUGAAAAGUCUAGUCCACCAAUACAAUAAUUAAUAGGACAAAUUACGAUGUUAGCAUUGUAAAUUUAACUAGAAUUUUUUUUCCGUGUAGUAGUGCGCCCUGAUUAAAAAUACUCAUUGAAAAGUAUUGAAAAUUAUUUCAAUUCUUUUCAAUCCAUACGGAGAUUUUGAAAAAUAUUAAACGGAAUUGAAAUUUCGAUCAUUUGAAUACUUUCUAAUUCUUAUAAUGGGAUUCAAAAGUAUUGAAAAAAAUUCAAUCUUUCAUCAUUUUAGAAAAAGAUUCAGAAAGAUUCGAAAAUUUGAAUUCAUUUUAAUUUAUUUCAAUUCAAGUCAUAACUCGAAAUAUGGAACUAUUUUAGUAUUGAGAAAGAUUCAGAAAAAUUGAAAGUUCUCAAUUUCUUUCAAUUCUUUUCAAUUCUACACUCGAUCCAAAAUAUGGAACUAUUUUGAUAUUGAGAAGUAUUCAGAAAGAUUGGAAAAUGUCAAUUCAUUUUAAUUUAUUUCAAAUCAACUCAUAAUUGGAAAUAUGGAACUAUUUUGGUAUUGCCGGAAAUUCAGAAAGAUUAAAAACUGUCAUUUCAUUUGAAUUUUUUCAAUCCCACACGUGACCCGAAAUGUGAAAUUAUUUUGUUAUUGAAAAGUAUUCAGAAAAAUGAAAAAUGUCAAUUCAUUUGAAUCUUUUUCAAUCUAAAUCUUAACCCGAAAUAUGGAACUAUUUUGGUAUUGAGGAAGAUUUAGAAAAAUUGAAAACUGUCAAUUUAUUCGAAUUUUUUUCAAUGCUACUCGUAACCUAAAAUUCGAAACUUUUUUGUUAUUGACGAGGAUUCAGAGAGAUUAAAAAUAUCAAUUUAUUCGAAUCUUUUUCAAUUCUUUGGCAGUUUAGAAAUUCUUAUAUUAUUUUUAGAUUCAAUAUAAUUGCAAAGUAUUAAUUUUCUGUCCAAACGAAAUCCUUGUGGAAUAGGAUUUAUUCAAAAGUAUUCAAUUCUCAUCUUUUUCAAUACUUUUCAAUGAGUAUUUUUAAUCAGAGCGUGCAUGCGCCCCCUACUACUAUUUUUUCUGACCCUUUUCUACGAAAUAGGCUAACGCUCUCUCACUUGAAGAUGAAGACGUAGGAUAUAAAUUAAGAGAAGAGAUUCAAGGUCAAUCGGGAAAGGAAUAAAAUACCACGAGAUAAGAAUACGCGGGAAAAAUAAAUUUUUCAAACAUUCAAAAAAAAGAUUGCGUGCAAUCAUCCAGCUGAUUGUGACUGACAAAAUUCUUGACUAAACGUUAAUUUGUGAGCAAAAAUUUAAUGACCAAAUUUGUGACAAAAAAUUUUUUGACGGUCCGAAAUGACGGACUCUGACCGAAAAAUUUUUGACGGUCAUUUCGCAUUUGAAUAGAUUCGUCAUUUAGGAUCGUCGGUCACAAGACCGUCAGCGGAUCGUCUUGUGAACGUAACUCAAAAUGACGGUCAUUCCGCAUCACUGCCCUGAUUAAAAACUCUGAUUAAAUUCGAUUGAAAAAUUCUAAUCAGAUUUAAUGGGAAACUUCCGAUUGACUUUUAAUCAGUUCUUAGUCGGAAAGUUCCAUGAUUUAAAUCCAAUGCAAUCGGAUCCAAUCGGAGUUUUCAAUCAGGGAAUUUUUAAUAAAAUUUUAUUACAAAUUACUGAAACAAAUGACAUAAUUCUCCAGAAUAUCGAGGUCUCACUGUCACCUAAAAUUUUUGGGUAAUUUUUACUAUAAAAUUUUCUGCGUGUUGUAUUUUGCCGGGGAAUCCCCCAAAGUACGAUGACAGAAGGAUUAAAGUAUCGACAAAAAUAGAUCGAUAGAUGAGAUUUUUAUUUGGCUUUAAAGUCAAAGCUUUUUAAAAGUAGUUGAACAGUAAAAAAAUAAACACAUAUAAAUAAAAAAACUCCUUGUAUAUAAUGUGAUUUUUAUAGCGAAUUAGGUUCUAAAAUUUUCAAAUGAAAAUAAUUUAAGUGUACAAACUUACAAUGUACAUAAAAAGCUAGCUGCAAUUCCCAGUGUUGCUCGAAUAGAAACAUACGAUUAUGCAUUGAUAGAAGCCCGGGAAAAAAUGAUCAGACCUGAUCAGACAUGAACAGGCAUGAGUCUUCAGGCCUGAUCAGACAUGAAAAAUGACCAUGCCUGACCAGGCCUGAUCAGGCAUGUUCAGGUCUGAUCAGGUAUGUUCAUGUCUGUUCAUGCCCAUCCGGGUAAAAAAAUUAUAUAUAAAAAAUGGCCCUAUAUAAUUAUAUAUAAUUAUGUAUAACUAUAUUCAAUUAUACAUGUAUAUAAUUAUUGCUAUAAAAAUAAAAAAAAUAAAAAAUUCGGGCGUGUGCAGGAUUUGAACCGUGGACCUUGCGCUCGAAAGUGUAACUCGCUACCCACUGACCUAAGAGAUUUAGUUGAAAAGUAAGUUUCGUAUGAACUUCAAGUAAUAAAAAUCUUAUACGUGAUAGAUUGGUCAACAAAAUUUUAGAUCUAUGAGCAGACAUGAACAGCCAUGAACAGACAUGAACAUAUAUGACCAGGCAUGAACAGGCAUGGACAGGUAUGAUCAGGCAUGAGCGUAUUUAACGCUUCAGACAUGAACAGGCAUGGACAGGUAUGAUCAGGCCUGAUCAUGUCUAAUUUCAGGCCUAAUCAUACAUGAACAGGCAUGAUAAGGUCUAAUUUCAAGCCUGAUCAUACAUGAACAGGCAUGAUCAGGCCUGAGUGUAUUCAACGAUUCAGACAUGAACAGACAUGGACAGGUAUGAUCAGGCCUGAUCAUGUCUAAUUUCAGGCCUAAUCAUACAUGAACAGGCAUGAUCAGGUCUAAUUUCAAGCCUGAUCAUACAUGAACAGGUAUGGUCAGGUCUGAUCAUUUUUUCCCGGGAGGUGGGAAUGGGUGGUUUUUGUUAAUUAAUAUUUUUUUCUAUUUUUAGUUUAUUUAAUCACAAUCACUUUUUUUAUGCAACCCUUGUUGGUAUACUAUACUCACAGUCUUUUGUUUAGGCUACAAAUUAAUAAAUUUAGAGGUAACCCAACUCGUGAGCAUGCGACGUAUAAUUGACUAUGUGGGAAACAUGGUUCCUUCAAGUCAGCACUACGAUACCGAAAGUUUUGCUUUGCACCUUAUCGAUAGUCAUACUGUAAGCCAACUUCAAUAGAAAUCGAAGUACAGUUCGGUCGAAAUUAAAGAAAAUUUACUAGUGUUAAUUAGGGAUCAUUAGCACUCCGAUUAGUGAAUUUUACACAAGUUAUCGACAAUUUCAGUCUUUGUAACUGUUGACUACAAGUUGUUGCCAACUUUCUGGAAAAAGUGAAUCCAACUUUAUGUCAACUUAUGAAAUGCCAACUUUUGCCUUCAACCUUCUAAUGAAAAUUGGCGCCCAGUUACCGUCUCGUGAAACGCAAACUUUUGCUUUUUACUUUCAGAGAGUUGGCGCCCAGUUCGCUGACUUUAAAAAAUGUCAAAUUUGCGUUCACUUGACGGCAAGUUGCAGCAGUAGAUUGUCGCUAACUUGCUGUCAGAUUGGCUAUCAGGGUUGAUAGCCAAGUUGAUAGUAAGUUGACAACUUGCGAUUGUCGCCAAGCGGAAAAACUUGGAAAUGCUAUAAGUUGACGAAAAGUUGUGGAAAAACUUUCUGUUCAACUUCACCCUGUGGCAGCAGAUUGUCGCCAACGUCUGAGACAGCUGGCGACAACUUGUAGCCAACAGUCACAAAAGUGAUUAAUAGUUGAAAUAUUCAAUUUCGAUUUACUUGAGAUUUAAUUUCAAAUUAAAUAAUUUUCAUCGCAAUGCUUUGGAAGUUUUAAUCAAUAUCUUUAAUACAACAUCCUUUGAACUGCGUUUUUUUGAAAUUAUUUAAACUCUUUUUCAUCACUUAAGCGUUAAAAGUAUGCACGUCCGAAUUUCCUACUUUUUAUUCUAUUCAUUCAGAAUGUUGAUUAUAUUACACUCAAAAGUGAAUGUUUUUCUUGAA